ACCUGGAGCAACCUGGAUUCCUCUGGAGGGUUCCAGAAGCCCAUACAUGGCCAUGCACUGCUCCUGCUCCUCCUCCUGGCUGGUGGGGCUGAGGCCUUUCACAUCUGUGCUUUUAACACCCAGCGGCUGACGCUCAACAAGGUGGCCAAGGAGCCUGUGCUGGACACCUUAGUUCGGAUCCUGGCUCGCUGUGACAUCACAGUGCUGCAGGAGGUGGUGGACUCUACUGGCAGUGCCAUCCCGCUCCUGCUUCGAGAACUCAAUCGAUUUGAUGACUCUGGGCCCUACAGCUUCCUGAGCAGCCUCCUGCUGGGGCGUGGCACGUACAAGGAGAAAUACGUGUAUAUCUACCGGUCACACAAGACGCAGGUCCUGGAUUCCUACGUGUACGACGAUCAGGAUGACCUCUUUGCCCGGGAGCCCUUUGUGUGCCGGUUCUCUUUGCCCAGCAAGGUCCUUCCCAGCCUGGUGCUGGUCCCACUGCACACCACGCCGAAGGCCGUAGAGACGGAGCUGAACGCCCUGUACCACGUGUUUCUGGACGCCUCCCAGCGCUGGCAGAGCGAGGACGUGAUCCUGCUUGGGGACUUCAACGCUGACUGUGCUUCGCUGACCAAAAAGCACCUGGAUGGCCUAGUCCUUCGGACUCAGGCUGCCUUCCACUGGGCCAUCGCUGAUGGCGUGGACACCACGGUGCGGGCCAGCACCCGCUGCACCUACGACCGCAUAGUGCUACACGGGGAGCAUCUCCAGAGCCUGCUGCGCGGCACAGCCGCCUUCGACUUCCCCCGGAGCUUUGGGCUCACCGAGGAGGAGGCCCUCAACGUCAGCGAUCACUUCCCCGUGGAGGUGGAGGUGGAGCUGAGCUGUGCGGUGCACGGGGUCCAGCCCGUCAGCCUGGCCACUCGGGUACUGUCACUCCUGCUUCUCCUGCCACUCCUGUCCCCCCAGCUGGGCCUGGUGGCCUGAAGCCAGGGCAUACCAGCUGCCCACAGAUGUGAGGCCUGUGCUGUUUCCUGGGCUCAGACCCCCGCCCCCUUCUAUCCUGCCCUGCCACUCCUGUGUGCCUUUGCUUUGCCUCGUGUUCUUUGGUUGGGCCUGUGCUUGGCAUCGGAAUGUGGAAGAGGAAGGCAGGGGCCCUGAGGCUGGAACCGUGCCACUCUUACCCCAGGUAGUGUCAGGAGUGAGGACAAAAAGCAGGCUCCAGGGCUUGGGGGGCGGGGGUUGGGGAACUAAGAUCCCCCAUGCCGCAAUGAAGAUCCCACGUGUCACAACUAAGACCCCGAUGCAGCCAAAGAAAUAAAAAAAUUUAUUGUAUAACAAGACCAUACACGCUGAGAACAGAAAGCUAGACUGCAGGGAUAUUACGUGUGUGUAGCAGACAUGGCAAAGGGUCAUCUUUAUCGUACAUGGGACUCAUAUGAACCAACAAUAUCAAGACCCCACUAGAUACAAGGACGGAGAUAAGCGGUUUACACACACACACACACACACACACACACACACACACACACACACACACGGUAACUAGUCAACAGGAAAUGUUUAAGUUCAUUGUAACCCAGCUAGCUGCCCUGACACCUCUGCUCAAGUCCAUGUUCAGAACCACCAUGCAGUCUGGCCCCCACCCCCCAGGAUGCUGUCGGCACUGCCUGGAAGAGGCUGGUUGCCAAGGCUACAGGUGCACACAAAGUAGCUACGUAAACCAGUUAUAGUAUCUACAAAAGUUACUGUGCAACCAUGAUAGCUACUAUGUGACUAUGUGAUCCCCCAGGGGAAAGGGCUACAGGAUACAACAUACGCUGAAGUAACAGUGACUCCACUUAGUGUUAUCACAGAACCCCUCCUUCCCAGCUCCAUUUCCCAGAGAACAGAGCUCAUUAAAGAUGGCUAGCAGGAGGGCUUCCCUGGUGGCGCAGUGGUUGAGAAUCUGCCUGCCAAUGCAGGGGACACGGGUUCGAGCCCUGGUCUGGGAAGAUC